UACAAUGUUGGACUUUAUCAGCAUCCGAAAACAGUGAUUGAAAUGUGGUUUUUUAUCUUUGGAUGGUUAUUUACAGUCCUGACUGUUUUUGAAAACGUUUUUGUGAUGUACUUGAUCAUUACACGACCACAACUUCGUGUAACAUCAAACUGGUUCGUGCUGUCCCUCGCACUGGCUGAUUUCUGCGUCGGUUUAAGCUAUUUUCCCCUACUUUUCGUUUCAAGUUUCUUUCCGUCACAGCUACCCGUCGACCACACAGGAAAUUGGUUCAAAAUCAGCCAUACAUUUCUCUAUUCCUCGACGGCGAAUCUUUGCGUCUUGACAGCAGAUAGAUACCUAGCAGUGACGAUGCCUCUCAAGUACCUCUUACGCAUGACAAAUGAAAAGGUGAUUUAUCUGAUCUCUUUGGCGUGGAUUGCACCGUUAUUUCUUUUCACGUUACCUUCCAUAUUCGUUUAUUCUGGCGGGAAUGAGCUGCUCAUUUUUGGCUUCGAAAUGUUCAGAGUUUCGAUCUUCCAGCUUGUUCCAAGCAUUCUAUUUAUUUUUGUCAUCUGCCGUCUCUGUUUCAUAGCCCGAGACAUUUCGCGGAAAGAAGCGGCCCUCAUGGCUCAAAUCAGCUAUAAUUUUCAGCCGCAACAAAAUGCGACUAGAAAGAAAUGCAAGGAAAAAAAGGCCUCAGUAAAUAUGAUUAUAUUCAUUAUUGUGUUCUUCGUCCUUUGCCACAUUGGGGGAAAUUUUCGCUGUUUUUGUUACGUCUUCAAAACUUGCAUCGUUUCUGACGGUUUGGAAAGAGCCAUCCACAUCUUUUUUGUUAUGAACUCGGCCGUAAACCCAGUUGUUUACGCUGUCUUGAAGAAAGACAUAAAGAGGGAGCUGAUGAAAAUGUGUGCGAUGUGAUUACAAACGAUUCUAUGUUUGGGAUCGGAGAAAUUAAAAUUUUUUCAUAAAUCAUUAUACAACAUUGCGAAAAUCCAACAAAAUUAGUUGAAAACAUUUUAAAAGCCAGUGGAAAACCAUAUUUUGGUUUAGUAAAAAACGAUGUUUUUUUCUUACAACUUUUGGUUAAUUAAACAUGUGUUUGGUUUGGAAAAGUGAGCAAAAAAAACGCGUCGCGGUUAAAAUUGCACGCGUUUUGUGAUGUAAAUAACUGUUUACUAUGACACCUGAAAUCAUGUACUAAAUAUAAUGUUUAUAUGAUCAUUGAUGUAAUUUUAGAAUGAACCUCCUGAUUGAAGAAUGAAAAUUGUUCCUGUAAUAUCUCCAGUUUUUGUGUUUAUGUCGGAAAGUAGUGCUUGUAGGAUAUUACACCGUGAAGCAUCACGUGUUGUUAUUGUCAAGCAACCAAUGAAUAGGUAAAAAUUGCAGCUUAAGUUAGGCGUUUGUACAACAUCGAGAGAAUUAAUAACAAAAAUU